GAAGCACAGCAGAGCAACUGCUGAAGGGAAAAGAGAGAUGUGAGAUGGUAAAAGUCGUCGAGUUCGAAUUGAAAUGAGUGUGCGCGUGCUAAUCUGUGCAGUUUGUGUCUUUUAACAUGGCAGAAGGGUCCCGUUAUCGGGGCUCAGUACAUGCAUUAUUCCUUUAAACAAAUAAAUUAUUAUUAUCAUUGUUUAAUGAAAAUUUGUGCGCGUACUGUGUUUUCAUUAUCAUCAAAAGUUAUUUCAGUGAAGAUCCUUAUUCAGAACAAGGACGAAGUUGGUGACCGCGCCUGAAAAGGAGACAGAACAACAACAGCGUAAGGUGUCGCUGCAGAGGUGUAAAAGAUUUUGGAUGAGGCUAUUCACAGAAUUGGCAGAAUUGACAGGUGAACAACACUCAUGAAUAUUAAUUUCUUCGAUCGGCUUUGAAAACAGGCUGUUAUUAUUCAUUGGCAAAAAGCGAAGAGUAAUUUCAAAUGCUUUCAGGUGAAAGAGAUUAUGUUGCUUAUAUCAAUCUGGUUCGCGAGAAUGGUGGGUGGCGUGCCCAGCGGGUGGAUGAGGCGAAUCCUCUUCAUUCUUGUCCUGAUCACUGGGUUGCUUCUCAUUGCUAUGUUUGCCAACGCACCACCUCUUUCUUCUCUUCAACCUUUUACUGCUCGAAGCUGGAAGACACUACACAGUCGAUUUGUUUCUUUUGUGAUUGGCAAGAAUUGGAGCAAUAAAUCUGAUGAACAACUUUUUGAUGUUUCUGAAAUUUCUGGACCAUUUCAUAGUCCAUGGUCGUGGGUGUGUAAUGAAGAGAGAUGCGAGAGAAGGGCUGUGAGAUCGUCAAGAACAACAUUGGCGACCUGUGCGGCCACAUGUGGUGGGAAUAGUCGUUUAAUUUGGCCUAGCCCUACGGGCAAAACUUUUCUCAGCAAGGAUCAUGUUGCUUUUCAUAUUCAACAGAUUGAUUUUUCUCUAAUUGACUCCCCCGAUCAGGAAGUCACGAAUCUUUUAGAGAAGGCUAGGGAAGUAUUUUUAGGAAAUGUGCGGAGCUUAAUAAAAGUACCAAACGCAAAGGCGAGAUCAACAAUUGAUAACUUUAUCAUCUACCUAAGUCCAGGAGAAUCCAAAGAUGCAAAAUUAAGUCUAAACACGGAUGAGUCUUAUAAACUGAAAAUAUCCCUGAGAGGGAAACUCCUGGAGGCGAAGAUUACAGCGAAAACUUACUAUGGAGUUCGUCAUGGUUUAGAAACUCUAAGUCAAAUGAUAUGGUGGGAUGAGACGGCUGGGAAACAGGGAAUGCUACGUGUUUUGAGCCAGGCGACAAUUGAAGACAAACCAAAAUUCCCCUAUCGUGGCCUUCUCAUUGACACUGGUCGGCAAUAUUUUCCCAUUGAUGAAUUAAAGCGCGUCAUUGAUGGAAUGUCCGCCUCGAAACUCAAUACAUUUCAUUGGCAUUUGACGGAUUCGCAAAGUUUUCCAUUUGACUCGGCCAUCUUUCCCGAAAUGGCGCGUUGGGGCGCCUACAGUGGAGAGCAAGUUUACACUCCCGAGGACGUUCGAGAUCUCGUGCAUUAUGCAAGGAUCAGGGGGAUCAGAAUUCUCAUCGAGAUUGAUUCCCCAGCUCAUGCCGGCGCUGGUUGGCAAUGGGGUCCUGAACACGGAUUAGGCGAAUUGUCCCUCUGCAUAGAUCAAAUGCCCUGGCCGUCAUAUUGCGGCGAGCCCAAUUGCGGACAACUGAAUCCAAUCAACGAGCAUUCCUACCGAAUAAUUCAGGGCCUCUAUAAAGAACUUCUCGAUUUAACUGAAGUGCGCGACAUCAUUCAUCUUGGCGGCGAUGAGGUGAAUCUCGAUUGUUGGGCCCAGUAUUCAAACAUAACGUCAGCGAUGCAAGCACAAAAUAUCACCGAUCUCUAUGCACUGUGGGGAGAUUUCGAGAUGAAAUUAAUGUUGAGGAUACUGAAGGUGAAUCAGGAUAAGGUUCCUCAAGCAGUGAUUGUAUGGAGUUCGCCAUUAACGAAAAAGCCCCACAUCGCAGCGUACUUUGAUCCCAAGGUCCAUGUGAUUCAAUCGUGGGGAGCGAGUAGCUGGCAAGAAACACAGGAUCUAUUAGAAGAUGGAUUCCGAGUAAUUCUAUCGCACGUGGAUGGAUGGUAUUUGGAUUGUGGUUUUGGAAGAUGGAGAGAAACUGGUGAAGCGGCUUGCGGAGAAUAUCGCACUUGGCAAACUGUCUAUAAUCACAGGCCCUGGCGGGAUUAUCCACAAAAACAAUGGAAUCUCAUUCUCGGGGGAGAAGCUGCUAUUUGGAGCGAGCAAGUAGGACAAGCGUCCUUAGGACCACGACUUUGGCCCAGGGCCUCAGCACUUGCCGAGAGAUUAUGGAGUGAUUUGCCAGCGAACGGCUAUUCCGUAGAAGAAAAUGUCUACACAAGAUUAUCCACACACAUGGAUAUCCUGACGGCUCGGGGACUUAAAAUAGAAGCAAUGUGGCCACAUUGGUGCUCUCAGAAUCCAGGAAAAUGCCUUUGACUGAGGUAGAAAUUAAAGGAUAAGCGAAAAGCCAUUUCAGUACACCACAGUGACUCGAGGAAGCAAAGCUGUGAAUUAAUUGUAAUAAUAAUUGUUGUAUCAUUUUUAAGGCCAUUCAUCAAUUUCAUCAUGUCAUGAUUUUUCUAUUAUGCUGCAGACUGAUUGUCAAUAACAAAAAAUUCGCUUUUCUAUAAAAAUAUUACAUUCAAUCGUCAAACAUACGAAAAAUAACAGCAAACGCGUAUAAAAGUUUUUUAGACAAAUUUUUUAUAGAUAUAAUCUUUUUGCCGAACACAAAAUAUUUAGAUUAAUAAAUUGUUGAACUUGUCUCAGUGGAUAAUUGAAAAAAAAGUGCGAAAAAAAGAAUUUCUUUACAGAAGAAGAAAGAAUCAAGAUUGAAAUUCAUUUUUGCAAUAUUUAGAAAAUAUGCUCAAGCUAAUGGCACCUGACUGUUUCAAUUUAAAAAAAUGAAAAAAAAAAAAAUGUCGAUCAGUCUCUUAGCACUGAGUACUUUAUAAUAUAGAUAAAAAUUAUUCCAUACAUAAUUGAAUGGAUGAAAGAAAAGAGUUUUCAUUACGGGGUCCAAUGAGGGGCUUGAUGAGAGCUUACUUUUAUAUAUAUAGAGAGAGAAAAAAAUAAAAAAUGUAGCAAAGAAAAUUGCUUUGGGUGAUUGUCAAA